AUGGUCAUCGUCGUUGGAGUCUUUGACUUGGCGGAUUCUGGUACAGUUUUCAGUAUCUAUAGGCUUUGUUGUGUUCUACGUGGUGUAGAUAUGGAGUCUUAUGUGUUCUUGUUAGUGAUUGUUCCGACAUUUGUCCUUGCUGAUUUGUUGAUAAUGUCUGAUGUUGAUGAGAUCCCGAGUAGACAUACUGUAAACCUUUUGAGAUGGUGCAAUGAGAUUACGCAGAUCCCUCAUCUACGGCUCAAGAACAGUCUUUAUUCGUUUGAGUUCCUUCUUGAUAACAAGAGCUGGAGAGCUUCCGUGCACAGGUUUCAGAUGGGUAAAACACGUUAUGCUCAUUACCCACUAUCUAUCUGA